AAUUGUAUUAACCUUAACCUCAACAACCAUCAACUUUGCCGCUGUUAAAGUUGUUAUAAUAAUUUUAUAUUUGAACAAACAAGGGCUAUAGUUGAAUUUUUUCCAGCUGAACAGAAAAAAAAACAUACAAAAUGUCGACUGCUAUGCCAAUUAAUCCAAAACCAUUCCUGAAUAGCCUAACUGGUAAGGCUGUUAUGGUAAAAUUGAAGUGGGGACAUGAAUAUAAAGGAUACUUGGUAUCUGUUGACGGUUAUAUGAACCUGCAGCUGGCUAAUACAGAAGAGUACAUUGAUGGGAGUGCUACAGGAAACUUGGGUGAAGUACUCAUCAGGUGUAACAACAUAUUAUUUAUAAGGGGUGCAGAAGAAGAAGAUGAAGAAGGAGAAAUGAGAGAUUAAUGUUUGAACAUUGAGUAAUAUACAAACAUUGUGCGAUUUCUCAUUAGUGUUAGGUAUUUUUUUUAUAAGAAAUAAUUUAUAUGACUUACUUGUGAAAUAAAUUAUACAUCUUUAGGAA